CCACUCCCCCCUUCUGCGACCCCCCUCUCUCUCUCUCUCUCUCUCGCAAGCACACGUAUACAUUUACUGAGUGUACCAUCACUCAUCGGUCUUCUUCUUUGAUCUCUCUCUCUAUAUAUAUACUGAGCCUUGUAGGCUAGCUACAUCUGCAGCUUACUCUGUAGCUCUCAUUAUCCUCAUUAUUAUUAUUAUCUCCCUCUCUCUGUAGUGUGCGGAAUCAAGAUAUCGACCAACUCUACGGACUACAGUGUGCUAUACUGAGACAAAGCACAGGGACUUAUCGAGGAAAAACCAAAACUUUGUUUCUGUUUGCUGCGAGUUUAACAGCAAAGCAAAUCAAGCUUCUGGGGACAUCGCCAUUAGCAAUGGCAGAGCAAGCAUACUCAGAAACGGAGUGUUGCAGCAACUCUUCAUCUUCACCAUCCUCAUCCGGAAUACAGAACCCACCAGCUAAAAGGUCCAAAACGUCGGACCCAGAUCAGGAGAGACCCAAAAGAGGAAGAGAUAGCAGCAAGCACCCAGUGUACAGAGGGGUCCGAAUGCGGACUUGGGGCAAAUGGGUGUCUGAAAUUCGCGAGCCUCGCAAAAAAUCUCGGAUAUGGCUGGGCACUUUCUCCACCCCCGAAAUGGCCGCUCGUGCCCACGACGUUGCCGCCUUGAGCAUCAAAGGCAACUCCGCCAUUCUUAACUUCCCAGAACUCGCCUCCUCCUUGCCUCGCCCCGCCUCCUCCUCCCCACGAGACGUCCAAGCCGCCGCUGCAAAAGCUGCUUCAAUGGAGCACCUCAACCCAUCAUCAUCAUCUUCAUCAUCAUUACCAUCACCAUCACCAUCUUCAUCAUCAUCAUCAAUGGCCAUAACAUCGUCAUCUUCCAUGUCCUCCCUGAUAUCGACCUCAGACGCGUCGACCCCAGAAGAACUGAGCGAGAUUGUGGAGCUACCAAGUCUAGGAACGAGUUUCGAAACGCCCGAGUCAGGCAACGACUUCGUUUUCGUUGACUCGGUGGAUGGGUGGCUCUAUCCUCCCCCGUGGUUGCACACAGCUGAUGAUUGUGGCUACUUUUCAGAACACUUGCCAAUAACAGAUACUCUGAUUCCAACCAGCUUCGAAGCUUUGUUGUGGGAAUAUUAGUGCCAGAUAAUGGUGUGUGCUUUUUUCCCCCUUGUGGGGUUUUUAACUCUUCUUUAUCUAUGUUUUCAUUUUAAUGUCAGCCCCCCUUUACAAUUUUCAUUUUGGAGGGCUCAAUACCUGCUUUAAGUCUACGAAAUAUUCCUCCUCUCAAUGAUCACAACUGUACAGUUUGAUAAUAGAGGAAGGAGGAUGAAACCUCUGAUAAACCCCAGUUCUUGUAGCCACAAAUUUGAUAAACCUCUCUCCUUCUCUCUCUCUCUCAAAUUUUGCCAUUGUUUGUUAUUUUUACUUUCUGAAUAAUGAAGACUAGCUAAAAAGGUACUUCUCAGUUCUGAUCUUUA